CCGAGCCCAUUGGGCGGCGGGCAGCCAAUGGGGGGGCGCCGCUCGCGUGCCCCCCGCGCCCAUUGGCGGAAAGUGACUGUGGGAAAGAAAGUUUGGGAAGUUUCACACGAGCCGCGCGCGUGCGGCCGCGAUAUAAGACCCGCGCGCGGCUGCGCCCGCCGCACUCCGCCCGCCCGCCCGCACCCUGCCCCGCACCAUGCCCGCGGACCUCGCCGGCAAGAGCUCCGCGUCGCCCGUGGCCGCCGCCCCCGCCAGCGGCAGCGCCACGCCGGACAAGCCCAAGACGGCGGCGGAGCAGCGCAAGGUAAGUGCGGCUGCCCCUGCCCCUGCCCCUGCCCCACCUCCUGCCCCGGCGCCGGCGCCGGCCCCUGCCCCUCAUGCCGCCCGGCUCUUGCAGUCGUCCAAGCCCAUCAUGGAGAAGCGGCGCCGGGCGCGCAUCAACGAGAGCCUGGGCCAGCUGAAGGCGCUGAUCCUGGACGCGCUGAAGAAAGACAGCUCGCGGCACUCCAAGCUGGAGAAGGCGGACAUCCUGGAGAUGACUGUGAAGCACCUCCGGAGCCUGCAGCGGGCGCAGAUGACCGCCGCGCUGCACACGGACCCCGCGGUGCUGGGCAAGUACCGCGCCGGCUUCGGCGAGUGCAUGAGCGAGGUGACCCGCUUCCUCUCCACCUGCGAGGGGGUCAGCAGCGAGGUGCGCACGCGGCUGCUGGGCCACCUGGCCAACUGCAUGACCCAGAUCCACGCCGUGAACUACCCCCCGCCGCCACCACCGCCGCCUCCCCCGCUGCCCGCCGCCUUCGGCCAGCCGCUGGCGCAGCUCCCCGGCGGCGCGGCGCCCCUGGGCGGCAUGCCCUGCAAGCUGGGCAGCGCCGCGGGGGAGCCCGCCAAGGUCUACGGCGGCUUCCAGCUGGUGCCGGCGCCCGACGGCCACUUCGCCUUCCUCAUCCCCAGCACGGCCUUCGCGCCUAGCGGUGCCCUCGUCCCCCUCUACGCCAGCGGCCCCGGAGCGCCACCGCCGCCGCGGCCGCCCUCCACGGCGCCCCCCGGCCCGGCAGACUCGGUGUGGAGGCCCUGGUGAGCCUCGCUGCCGGCACCGGGGCUCGGACUGAGACUGGGACUGAGACUGCUCCAGGAGGGGCACGCGUGGGGCCGCCUCUGUGCAUAGCGCCCUGUUCCCGUGGGAUUGUGCCUUGGCCAAGCUAGAGCGGAGCCCGGCGUCUCGCCUGCUCUUUUGUUUUGUUCUUUUUUUUGAAUGUGACACCAAAGAUCUGUUUUUUCUUUCUGAUGCUCUUUGACAAAUAAACGCCCGCCUUCCUCUGUGGAGGGAGCGGGGAAAGACGGA